AUGGAGGAAGGACAGAACUGGGUGGAUGAAAGCACCAUCUCUGCGAAUCAAUUAUGGAGUUCAUCUCAAUUGAACAUAAGAGAUGUCAAAGAGGAGUCGGAUGAUGAAGAGAAACCUCAAAAUCAACAGAGGUACACUGAGUCAUUGCAAAGCAAUUUUUAUUUCUAUGCAUUCCUUAUGAUAUCGAUAGCUUCCUAUGCCAUUGCUAUGCUGAAGUACUUCCCAAACAUAGAAAACCAAUGUCAGUUUUAUUCCUUUUGGAUGGGUUUUGGAUCUAUCUCGUGUAUUGCAGCAGUUGCUCAAUUUGAAGGUUAUGGACAGUUCUUUGGAAGACUUUUCGAAAAAAGAAUACUGCCCCUGUCUCUUUGUUUUUGUCUAUCUCUUUUUGGUUGCAUUUUUUCAGGACUUCGAAAUCAGUGUUUUGUGAGUGUUAUCAAUUCGAUUAUUCAGUGUUUGUGCCUUGUAAUUCUCUUCAGUCUGUACACAUCAACUCCAUUUACCUUUUUCUUGAGUAAUAAUACUACAGCUGUACGUUUAGCACUAGGCCCAUUCGCUGUUCAAAAAGCAAAGGACUGA